GAUGGAAAUUAAAGGAAAAGAAGAAAAAUUCUCUGCUCUCUUUAAAACGACCGGGGUUUGGGUUGUAUCACAGCUGGAAGCUUUCAUCUGUCUCAGUCAUGAACAGUGGGGAUUCUUUUUGACAUCUAAAGCUAUAUCUAAAACGUGUUUUUUCAUAGUCUGCUGCUGCAGCUUGCUUUGAUUUUAACAUUACAGGCGAAGAGGAUAGAAAACUGUACGCGUGUUGUUUUUUUUUCGUUUGGGUGGGUUUUGUUUGCUUUUGGUUGGGUGAGAGAAUAUGCGGAAUAAUGGCGGGAUGAGCUUGGCAGCAGCAGCACAUAUGGAGGAACGUAAAACGUCUGCUUGUUCUGCUUCGGUGACGGCUGGCGAUUGUUCUUCUGGCGGUGCUGGUCUUUGGAGUAAGCAGCAUUUGGAGCCCGGAAGUGAGCUGGUGGAUAACGCUGUGUCUGUUAUGAAUAACCAGGCGCUCUGGGAUCACCAUCUGAGAACGUCGUCCGGAAUGCCUAUUUACAAUAUACAGGGCAACACAACCUCAGCCGAAAUGAAAGACCUCUGGGCGAAUUCAACCAUGAGCAACGAAAUCACCUGGACAACCUCCCCCGCCACUAACAACAGCAAUUCUCUGAAAAAGCUCAUUUCAAGCUCGCCGCAAGCAAAGAAUCUCAGUAGCAAUGCACUGCAAAAUGCAAGUUCCUUUUCCAGCGUAAAUGUUCAGGGAAAGUUUAUAUUCCCUGACACAGAUUCUUUUGCCUGCGGCUCUUUUACCAGGCUUCUGGAUCCUUCCAACACGCUGGAUUGCGCCGGUUCUAUAGACAUUGCAAUGGAUGAAUUCUCAGCUAAUCCAGUGCCUUUGAAGCUUCCGACAACAUUUCAGUCCUCAAAUAUUCUAACUUUUCACAAUAAUAUGAACAAAUUAGAAAUGGCUGGUUAUCCAAACCCUAAGCCUGUUACUCCAACUGUUCAGCAGCAAAAACCUCAUGGCAGUCCUUCCGAUUCAUCUCCUUCUACUUCUUCAAGCAAUAAUACAGUCCAAAAAUCUGCGGCAGAUGAAGGCGGAGAGUGCACAACAGAACAAAAAAGAACCGGUGAUCAAGCAGGGCUAAGCAAUAGCACUUUCAAGAAGCCUAAAACAGAGGCUUCAACGAGUGCUCCAAUGAAGGUGAGGAAAGAGAAGCUAGGUGAACGCAUAACCGCUCUGCAACAACUUGUCUCUCCCUUCGGAAAGACCGAUACUGCCUCUGUUCUUCUUGAAGCCAUGGGAUACAUCAAAUUUUUGCAGGAUCAGGUUCAGGUAUUGAGCACUCCCUAUCUCAAAGGAGUACCCUCCUCCAGCCAAAAUGAUGGAAGAGGUGAUCAAGCCAAAUAUGACCUGAGAAGUAGAGGACUAUGCCUUGUGCCUGUAUCGUGUACUCUUCAUGUGGCCAACAACAAUGGUGCAGAUUUUUGGACAUCUGGAUUAGGAAGCGGUUCAAAGUUUUAACUUUUGACCACAUCUUGUGUUCCUCAAUAUAUAUAUCCCCUCAUUUUAAAGUUUGUUCCUGCUUUUUUCAAAGGAACAGCUUUUAACCUUUUCCUUUUCCCAUCCAAAUUCCAACACACAGAUUCAGUGGCUAAAGAAGAAAAUUUCAGAAGAAUGGGACAAAAGAAGAAGUCUCAUCCUUUGGUGCUAAGUAAUAUGAUUCCCUAUUAUAUAAUAUGUAUAAAUAUAUAGUUUAUAGUUUGUAACAAACCUAAUGUAAGAUGCUUUUCCUUUUUGUUUGUAUUGAUGUUUUCUAUGUAGAUGGGCAAAAGGGGCUCUGAACUGACAAAAUGAUUAUUUCCAUGUGAAAACGUUGAUGAUCGAGAAAAAGCAUACGUUUGAUGCUUGGACUUGAUUAUAUAUAUGAUAAAAAGUUAAUUUGCACCC